AUGGGUGUCCAACCUGGCGCUGCACAUGGUGUCAUAACCUCAACCGACUCAGACGACUGCUACAUGCCAUGCGACGAACAAGGCGUUUGGAUCGGACCUCGCAGCGACGCCUCGGGCACUGUCGAUGACACUGCCGUAGCACUCAAGCGGUUCGAGGACGAGCUCGCAGAAUUUGAGAGGCUAGGCGAGGAGAGGUGGGCGGCUGGCGGCAACGAAGCGAUCGUCAAGGUUAGAUGA